AUGAUUGAAUGUUCCUUCGUUAAUAUUUGUGACAAAAACAACAACAACACAAACUUAACACAAAAUGUUUGUUCAAAGGCUCAAAUACCAGCCGGCAUGAAACUUAUGUCUUUACUGGCGUCUGCGUGUGUCGCAAAUACUCGAUUUCCUCGAACCUCGAUGGCCACACUUUCAUCAGGUUGUGAUCUAUCUAGACGCUGCUGUUGGAUUACGGGGAUGUUCAGCUGA